AUGGCGGCCGACAACGCGCUCGGUCCAGCACAGGAUAGCCAUCAUCUCGUACACUCCUUGGCCCGGCUCUCCACCUCCGACCUUGUCCGCUUUACCCUUCAAAAGCCGGACGUAGCUCGUGUUUUUGCUGCUUCGCUGCAUCAACUCGCUGUCGAGGCCGCAUCGAGCCCGCUACCGAAUGUCAACGAGCAACAGCUCGGCAAAAGUCAUGUCGACAUCCUUGCACGCCUGAUCGAGCGAGGCGAUCCGUCUCUGGCGAGGAAAUUUGUCCCCACGCAAGGCUCUCUGGUGGAUCUCGCGGUCGCGGCUCCUGCCGACACAACGGCGGCCGUCGCAGCCAUCCUCGAGCGCCUUCUUGAUGCUACCAGUGUCAAGGAGAUUGUCAGUGGUCUUUCAGCUCAGUUUAGCGGCCUCGUCUCGACCCAAGAUCAGCAGGAUGCCGCAACUCUACCGUCCGUCAUCCGUACGCUCGCACGUCUUUCCUCCGCCUUCCUCAGGGUCUGCCCGGCCCGACUCCUCAAAGGCAAUGUCGCUCUCCUCCAACCAUGGGCUCGCACCUGCGUACAGAUCUACGACAAAAUUCUCCCGCAAGUCGCCAGGACCCUCAGUCGCGACGGAACAACAAUCUUGUCGGAGCCAGACUCGCUCAAUUUGGAAGCACAAGAGUGGCAGCUUCACUGGCUCACAUGCCGCGUGGAUCUGCUGCAGCUCGUGUCGAUCCUGCUCGAAUACCUGAGGGGCUCAUCCAAGCUGGUCGACGCAUCACGGGAGAGUCUUGCCGAUACCGAGAUGCUGCUGAAGAAGGGUGGGUUUUCGACAUUGCUCAACUCGACGGUCCUGCUCGAUCUUGCUGCGACCUCGGAGUCGUGGCCGUCAUUGCGGUCGGAACUGUCGUCCAGCGUCACCAGCAAAAAGGGACACAACAACGGAACAAUCGCUUCCGUCGACACACUUGCGACCUUGGUCCCCAAAUUUACCGGCGCAGCUUGGGAUGCUUUGCAACGCUACGUGGCAUCGCAGGCGCCAAGCCCGGCGAAAGAGAUCCAGGAGCCUGCCGCCUCAUCCAUCUCAGAGGAUGUGCUGGCGUCCGUCGAUUCGAUCCUGCCGCACUACGGUAUGGACCGUUUGAGAGUCAUCCUCUCUCGGCCGUCGUUCGCCGGCCAAAACGCAGAACUCGUCAUUCAGCGACUUCUCGAAGGUGACGAAGGUGAAUCGGAUCCGUCGUCCUCCACAAUCGCUCAGCCUCAUGCGGCGGCACCGCCAACACCUGCCGCACCGUCUCAACAACCAGCACCCAUCGCACUACCCUCACCAGCCCCGCAUUCGUCAUCAGCAGCACCAUCCCUCGUCAAAUCGCGCGCCAACCUCUUUGGCGACUUUGCCUUUGACCCGUCGACCAUCGUCCAGCCGAAGCUCGCUCGCAGCGGCAAAGUGGAUGAGCUUGCGCCGGAGCUCAAAGCGGCCAUCAUCGCCCGCGCCGAGGCUGCGGACGAAGAAGAAGCGGGAGAGGAAUGGAACCCCUUUGCGCCAGCGCGGACGGUGGGUGUGGAGGACGAGUUGGAUCUUGACAAUGAUGGACGCGAAAGAACCGCGCCGCGUCGGACGACGGAUGACGACGAGGAAGACGAUGAGGAGGAGGAAGCGAGGAUGCGCGAGCGCGUGCUGCUGCGGCACUACGUCCAGCAUGGGUCUAGCGCAUUCUCUGCGGAUGCCAGCACCAGGCGUAGCGAUGGGAGGCAGCGACUGAAGCAGGAGGCCGGCAUGAGUGAUGAUCUGAUCGAGUCGUGGGCGGUGAUGCUCGAUCGCAAUCCGAGGAAGGACCGUCUGUUGGCGGCAGCAUCGCAGUCGGCGCUGGAUGACCAGCUCGCCUCUCGCAUUUCGCGCAACGUCAGCGAGGCAGAGGACGACGAUGACGGAUCGCAGCAGAGACAGUGGGGCCCGGAUCGCGGGCGCGGUGGUCGGAUCUUGCGUGGCGCGAGUCGCGGCGGAAGAGGAGGUGGCGGUCGUGGCGGCAGUGCCAGUGGAGGAGGUGGAUCCGGCAGCGGCCAGUCCAAGAACGCAACUCGCGGAAGAGGCACCGGCAACUCGGGCACCGAUCGGUCCGCCAAGCAGAAGGAAAAGGCAGGCAACAAGGCUCGUCAGCGAGGGCACGAUAAGAAGAUGGCCCGUGUCAACCCAUAG